UUCCUCACGCUCCCACCUGGAUUAAAUUUGAUCGAGUGUUUGUUCCGGGGCCACAGCUGUGCGUAUUACUAAAUUCGGUGACAGGGGGGCGAGCAUGCGAACACGCACGUUUCGUCCCUUCCUUGAAACGACGAUAAAUGGAAGAUAGAAAGUAAGGCGAACUGGGCGCAGACUGGUCGCUCCCAGGCAAACCGCUGCUGCUGCUGUGGAACACGUGUUUAUUCGUAUCCGUACGUGUCGCACACGCCGAGUAACGUGUCAUCCGAUGUCGAACGAGUAUCACCAGGAGAGCAUGACGUUCGCGGGAGUGUUGUUUGUUUUCCAGUUUCUGGCAGUGAUACGGUGUGUACCGUGAAUAUAAACCGCGGCGAAAAUAGUACAACGUAAUCGACGAAUGUACGAAUCAGGUGAACAGGGUUUCAAAACGUAAAAGCGAAAAGAAAAUAAAGAAAAGUAGCGGAACAAGAAACCUGGAAAGAAAGUGUGCGCAGCGUUUGUGGAUGCAUGAGGGUCUCAUGGCUACCGGAUUGGUAAAGUGGUGGCGGGCAAGGUUCCUCGCUGGCUACAGACCCUUUUCUGUCGUUGGUAAUACGGAAGGCAGCGAUUCGGAGGAACUACUUGCCGGUGUCUCGGCGCCUUGUAACGGUUCGCCACCGGAACCCAAGCCAAUUUUGCUAGAAACGGAAGCUCCGCAGGUCGCGGUCGACGCUUCGACCAGCCCUACGCCGGCGACCGGAAAUGACGAGCAGCCGACUGCUAGUACGACGAAGCAACUCAGUUUCGAGGAAUUCGAAUGCGACGUGUCGGUGGCGGAGGGCGACAGAAGGCGGCAAGAAUUUUCGUUCACUCUGUACGACUUUGACGGCCACGGGAAGAUAACAAAGGACGACAUAGCUGGCUUGGUCACCACCAUUUACGAUACCCUGGGCGCUUCCAUCCAGGUACCUCCGUGCGGCAGCAAGACGAUUAAGGUGAAAUUGACGGUGUCACCGGAUCAGAGAGGCAGCCAGACGCGAGCCGGCUGUCCGAACGCUUCUCAGCCGGCUGCGGCGAGCUUUUCCGGAAAUUCGUCCUGCUGCCAUUUGAAGCACGCGUCCUGCAACAAUGCCGCGACCCACACAGCCGCACACGGUUUACGCAGAGUUCCUAGAAGGCGGAGAGUGCCACGGCACCGUUGCCAGAACGAACAAAAGGAAGUGGAUACUCACAGCGAGGAUGACGGUGGUGAAAACGCGCGAACGAAUCGAAUAAAGCAGGAGGAAUUACGCAGAAGGGUGGGGCCCUUACCUCAUUUACCAUCGCCCUAUUCCAAUAGCUCUGAGGGUGAUAUUAGCGAUGACAGCGAUGUUUCCCCCGCAGUUUCCCCCUUGACGCCUCUCCUCAUGACUAAUCAGCGAAAACGCAGCGGUGCCCUACAAAGGCAACAGCUCUUGGAAAUUAUUCAGGCGAACAUGGAAAAGAAUAAUCUCAGUUUUCAUACGUCAAGGAAACGGCAUCAGAACGAACAAUCGCGCAUUCCAUCUCAAACUCCACACGUCGAGCUAUCGACCCACCAUAACAAUCAAGACUGUCGUUCACCGUCGGAAGCGCGGCCUCCAACGAUGGCGUACGUGAAGCCCACGCGGGAAAAGCUUCAGGGUUUCACGUCUUUCUCCAAGGUUCCGGCGAAAUCCAGGGGGAAUUUACGGAAAACACGGCCGCAAUACGGGUUGCAGAGGAACAACACCACGGCGCAACCGCCUCGAGCUUACGUUCAGCCGCAGGUCCUGUCUCGGACCGUAACCAGUCCGAACACCUACGCGGACCAACAAACCACGGGCAACGCGAAUCGUAACGCCGGUAACUUGUUGCCGAACACGCAGCAUCCGGUCAAUCCGGCUCCGACGAGCAAUCACAAUGCACCGCGUAACGAAACGCAGUUCAGUCAAUCGCAGCAGAAGUCUAGUAAGAAGCAUCAGCUGAAACACGCGACGAGAGAACAGGACCAGGCCAGAGCCAUGGUCCAAGUCGUUCGCUGGCUGGAGCGAGAAUUUUCGCAGAACGCGGCAGCAAGUUCGGGUCGGAAACACGUACACGAGCAUAUACAUCAUCACUAUCAUCAUUAUCACACCGAGGCUCUCGUUUGAUCCAUUUGUCUUCGCGCGAAGAUCGAA